CCUCACCUUCUCUCGACCUUCUUGUGGCGGUGCGCAAUGACUGGCUCUUCUCGUAUUUGCUUCCAAGCUCAACGGCCCAACUACCGCUCCAGGUCGACCCACCCAUCCCGCACUGACUUGCAGGCGUUUUCAAUGAACCAUGUUUCAGGCAUUGCCUUUGUGGCCUACGCGUUGUCAUUAUGGCAUUUUUUCUGGGAAUGGCACCGAGAGUUUUGGUUUGUAUAAAUGGUUCACGAUGGGGCCCGAGACGGUGGAGACGCCAGAUCGACG